UAUCGGAGUGCGGGAGAAGUGAGGCUUUGCAUCCCAACAACAUGCCGGUGCCGGCAGGGUUCGUCUUCAACCCGAGCGACCAAGACCUGUUGUGGUACUACCUCGCGCCCAAGGUGCUCGGACGACGCAUUCCCGAUAAGGCGGCCGUGAAGGAGACGGACAUCUACCACGUCGACCCUGACAGGCUCACCAUAAAUACUCGUAGUUCUGAUGGGAAGUGGGAUUACUUCUUUGUGCGAAGGGACCUCAGCGAGAAGAGUCGACGCACGCCAAAUGGGUUCUGGAAGGAAGUGGGCGAAGUGGAGACUAUCAAUGCCGUGUUCUUGGGCGGCAUAAUUGGAUUCAAGAGGUCUUUUGUGUUCGUCGAAGGAACAGAGGACGAUCCUGGGGCGAUCACCCGUUGGGAGAUGGCGGAAUACCGUCUCAACCAGGAGAGGCAUCUGCUGAGGAAUGACGACAACCCUGAGAGGAACAACUAUGUCGCCUGUAGAGUAUAUCUGGAGAAUGAACCAAUAAGUGAGUGUACCGUAGACUCGGCCUGUCGCCAAGAUGCUGAAGAAGACGAUGAUGAUGAUGAUGAGAAUACCGAAGUGGACAGCAGCGGAGUGAGGAAAUGAGAUGUGACCGAAGAAGACAAUUACCCAGUUGCCCCAGCCCAGGUUGCGGCACUGAACUGCUUGCUCUUAGUUGUUUAGCCAACUUCCGCUUACAUCUUGUUUUCCUCACAAGGGUUCCUGGACUUGGUGACAAUUGAUCUCCAGCUGGUUACAAGUGUCAUUCUUUAAAUCAAAGAAUUCUGA